AUGCUUCGCGAGAAGAGAAGAGCGCGUCGCAGGAUCAUCUUGAAGACUGACCCCCUUCGGUAGAGGCACGAAUGUCAAGUUCGAAGCUCCAGCCUUCACUCGUGGAGACGUGAAGUCGAGGACCCGCUUUACCCAAUCAGGCCGCCGAGGCUUCCGCCGCCAUCAGCCCGCCGCACGGGCCCUCCAACGAGCGUCAUCUUCGACGUGAUGCGACAGUCACCUGUCUCUACCACACUCCAGCGCUGGCGCCCAAUCCCCGAGAUAACGCCAGAACUCACUCACCUGCAUUCAAAAGACCCUUCUGAUCCCAGAACCACUAGAAAUCAUUCCAUAUGGCUGGCGAUCCGCGAGCACUGCUACGACAGGCAGAACAGAGCCUCUCGAAGGCGGGCGGAGGAUUCAGUUUCUUUGGCGGGCGGCAAGAGAAGUAUGAGGCAGCAGCUGAUCAGUUCAUCGCUGCAGCGAACGCUUUCAGAAUGCAGAAAAUGGGCAAGGAGGCCGGCGAAGCAUUCGAGAAAGCGGCGCAAGUCCAGAAGCAGAACUUGAACGAGCCCGACGACGAAGCGAACACACUCACCGAGGCCUUUAAGGCGUACCGGAAAGACGACCCUGAGGCGGCAGCACGGUGUCUCGACAGAGCCAUUGCACACUACUGCAGCAAAGGCAACUUCCGCCGCGCAGCAACCCACAAGCAGAACCUGGGCGAGCUUUUCGAAGUUGAGCUAGGCGACAAUGCGCGUGCGGCUGCGGCAUACGAGGAGGCUGCCGGCUGGUACGAGUCUGACAAUGCUGAAGCCCUCUCCAACAAGCUCUGGCUUAAAACCGCCGACCUCGUCGCUCUCGAAGGGAAAGAUUACUACCACGCCAUCAGUCUCUACGAAAAGGUAGCGAAGUCGUCCAUCAACAACAACCUUAUGCGCUGGUCCGUCAAGGAGUAUUUGCUCAAAGCGGGUAUUUGCCAGCUGUGCACUGGCGACGAGGUUGGCGCGGCGACUGCGUUCGAGAGGUAUCGUGAGCUUGACCCUAGCUUUACUCAGCAGAGGGAGCACCAGCUGUUGGUGGAUCUGCUGCAGGCGGUCAAGGACGGGGACCAGGAGGUGUUCGCUGAUAAAUUGUUCCAGUAUGACCAGCUCAGCAAGCUAGACAAGUGGAAGACGACCUUGCUCUUGCGGAUUAAGAGCGCUGUUGAGAGCAAGGAGGAGGACUUCUCUUAGGUGCUUUGACCGACGUUCAGCGGGAG